GCAGCAGUAAACCUCCUGUCAUGCUUUAGGAGGAACACACACACACACACACACGCUAGCUGGACUGAACUGAGCCCAGCCCCACCUCAGGAGGAGGCAGUGCUCGCUCUCUAGGUGUCUGGACUGAGAGCUGAACGCAUUUGAUUCAUCUGAUCAUCUUCGAGAGCCUUUAAUUCUCAGUCUCAGCGACAGACAGACAACAACACGAGUCAUGGAGACCAGACUGUCCUCCAGCUAGCUAACUGCUAUCCACCCGGAGUCCGAAAACAUGCGCUAGACAGGGCUGUAUAAGAAGACUCCUGUUUCCUGUUUUCACUGGAGUGGCACUACGGUCACAUCUGGCCAUCCGCAGCUGAAAUGCAGACUUUCCUGAGAGGCAGACGAGUGGGCUAUUGGCUCAGCGAGAAGAAGAUGAAGAAACUCAAUUUCCUGGCCUUUGCAGAGAUGUGCAGGAAAAGAGGGAUAGAUGUUGUACAGCUUGACCUGAGUCAGCCAUUAGAGGAGCAGGGUCCCCUGGAUGUCAUCAUUCACAAGCUGACGGACCUGAUCCUGGAGGCGGACCAGAAUGACACCCAGUCGCUGCUGCUGGUCCAGCGUGUGCAGGAUUACAUUGACGCUCACCCAGAGACCAUUAUUCUUGACCCACUUCCAGCCAUCCGAACUCUGCUGGAUCGCUGCAGGUCCUACCAGCUGGUGCACAGGAUCGAGGACUGUAUGAGAGAUUUGAGGAUCUGUUCUCCUCCGUUUAUGGUGCUGAACAGUGAGUGUGGCCCAGACACACUGCAGCAGAUCGAGCGGCACGGCCUUACAUUCCCUUUCAUUUGCAAAACACGGGUUGCUCACGGAACUAACUCUCAUGAGAUGGCUAUAAUAUUCAACGCCGAGGACCUAAAGGAUGUGAAGCCCCCGUGUGUCAUUCAGAGUUUUAUUAACCACAAUGCCGUGCUGUAUAAGGUGUUUGUGGUGGGAGAAUCGCACUCUGUGGUGGAGAGACCAUCACUCAAGAACUUCCCUUCUGGACCGUCUGACAGAAAAGCGAUUUUCUUCAAUAGCCACAAUGUGUCCAAGCCAGAGUCGUCCUCUGACCUCACAUCUAGAGAUAAUGUAGAAGGGGUUUCCCAGCCCCCGAAUGAUGAUGUCAUCAGGGAACUGUGUAAAUCUCUACGGGAAGCUCUCGGGGUUUCGCUCUUCGGGAUCGACGUCAUCAUCAACAACCAGACGGGCCAACAUGCAGUCAUUGACAUCAAUGCAUUCCCUGGAUAUGAGGGUGUUCCUGAGUUCUUCAAUGACCUCCUCAACCACAUCAUCAGCGUCCUCCAAGACCACGCCUCCAAUGAGCCCUCGGCCCCGCCCCCGUCCGGCCAGCUGCCCGCUUUAGGAGUCCCCACCCCGGAGUGCUGUGGCAUGCUGGGUAAGGAGUCGGACAGCAGCCCCUGGAUCGUGGAGGGGGACGGGGGUCUGAAAGGCCCUCGUCAGAGACUGGGCUGCAACACGGCCAUGUCCCCCAACUUCCAACAGCACUGCGUGUCCGCGAUAGCCACUAAAGCCUCGUCGCAAUGACUACCCCGUCCCACGCCAUCCUUCCCUGAACAAAUUGUGAAGACAGAGUGAAUAAUAUACAGUAACAAUAAUAACUAUUAUACUGAUAAAAUAUAUCUGUAAUCAAAAAUAAACUAUAUUGGGAAUCAUAAUGACGUUGAUAAAGGGCAUUGAAUUCUAUCUUCUAUGCCUUUUUGCAUACGUUUUUUUUUUUUUUUUUUUUAUUAAUUAAAUUUUUUUAGUCUAACAACUCAGUACUGUAAUGUGAACAUUUGGGGAAUCAACAUAGAUUUGCAUCUAAAUCAGUUUUAAUUUGAAUCACAGUGGAUGUUGGAUAUUUAAGGUUUCUGAAGCUUUUCUUUUGUUGGCGAUGGAAAAAAAUAACUGAUAACUGAGAACAAAAACACACCCAAUAAUCUAACAACCAGGACACCUAAAAUGUCUUUGUGCUCUGUAUUUAGUGGCAAUCCUAUAUUGUGAUGAUCCACAGUGUAUAUCUUUGUGCAGCGUCUGCAAAUCUGCUCCGUAAGCCGAAUGAAGGCCCGGCGCGCAGCUCUUGUAGACCGUGUGCCACAGUGUUUGAUCUUGUGACACUCCGUAAUCUUUCCACAAUGCUCCCGAAGACUUUCAUCAUCCUUCCAUGAACAUUGUGACACCUGACAUUUUCCAUGUGCAUUUCAACCCAUCAUUUCAUGAGAUGUUAUAUGAAGUGGGAGAAAAUUCGAGUAAUGAAUUUCCAGGCGAACCGUGUCAAGUACAAUUAAAGAGAUGGUUCACCCCAAAAAUAUUUAUCAUCAAUUACUCACCCUCAAGUUGUUCCAAUCAUGUAUGAGUUUAUUUUUUCUGCUAAACCAAAAAUAUGAUAUUUUAAAGAAUGUUGGUAAUUGGGGUUGGUCAUUUUUACGUCUAUGGAAGUCAAUGGCUACAAUUACUAUGGUUACCAACAUUCUUUAAAGGAGUAGUUCACUU